AUGUAUCUACUAAGCUUGGAUAUAGAGAAUAUACUGAUUGGCGCAUUUGUGGUCAUGAUGAUGAAAAUUAACGAAAAUAUUUUCCGUCCGCUUUUUCUCAAAGUGGUAGACUGGGCAACAUCUGAAAUGCUUGAAAAAAAUGGAUGGACAAUCCAAGGCAUUUCGACCCGCCAGCAACUUCUUUAUCGUCUUACAGAUCGUCUUUUUUCUGAGCUUAAAUCCAUUUUUGUUCCUUACUUGGCCUAUCUGCUUGAAAAUAUUCUUUCUACUUUGCAUAGAUUUACUGAAAACAACGUAUUGGAUGCCGAUGUAUGGAUUCUGAUGGUGUCGAAUUUGAAAUCAUGCUUUUUGUAUCAUGGAACGAAUGACUUUAUCACUUCUGAUCGACUGCAGACUGUUUUAAAGGCUUUAAUCAAGCAAAUUGAAGUGGUCGAGGCUCACGAUGUUGCAUACAAGGAUAAUAUGCUGUCGCAUCUGGUGCCUUGUAUCGGCCAACUUGCUGUAACCUUUAGAAGUGAAAAAGUAUGGAAAGGACUGACACAACAGGUGUUGAAACUCACCCGCUCUGACGAUGCCAAUGUCAAAUGGACAUGCAUCAAGGUGCUUCAUGAAAUGUAUUCUCGACUUGGCGAGGAGAUGCUUGUGUAUUUCCCCGAAGCAAUUCCAUUUAUUGCGGAACUUAUGGAAGAUGACAAUGAGGAUGUGGAAAAGUCGUGCCAAGAGCUGUGCUUGCUUAUUCAGCACUAUCUGGGUGAACCCAUUCAGCAUUACUUUAGUGCAUAAACCAUGUCAAGUAUAGAGUUAAAGAUGUUCUGGAUAUAAAGCUGUUACAAUCUCGUCUCUGUACUUGCUGAUAACAGACUUUAGCUCCCUCCUAAAAUAGUUGAGCAAUCAGUUGGCUUUGAAUAAAUAAACUAGCAAAUUGAUC